AUGCCCAGCUACUAUCCGCGUCCGGGUUCCCAUCUUCCGCAGACAGAUGGCCCUGCAAGCCGUCACUCGUCGCCGGGACCAGCUCCCAAGUCACAGACGCCCCCGACUACCCCGCCGCCUUCUCUAGACUACGCCCCGCGAGCAUCGGACGACAAGGCCCUGACGGCGUUUGCGCAACUGGGAGCGCUGCGCCUGAAUGCGCGGAGAUGUCUCAUAUCCUUCUUCGACAGGACCGACUGCUUCCUCCUCGCCGAAGCCACGCGCACUCUGUCGUUGCAGACUGGCGAGCCCGAAUUCGAAGACGACCGUUUGUGCUUCGGUACCACCAUCUUCCCCAAAGAGCAGAGCCUCUGUAACUACACCGUCAACCUCGCUCCCAAAUACAGCACGCUCCCUCUCGACGAUCCGAGCGACCUUCCUUCCCUCGUCGUCAACGAUCUCAGCAAAGACAAACGCUUCUGCAACUUCCCCUUUGUCCAGGGCCCACCAUACUCGCGCUUCUAUGCCGGAGUACCAAUCCGCAGCCCAAGCGGCCACAGCAUCGGUACAUACUGCGUUCUGGACGAGAACCCGCGGGACGGCUUGUCGCCGCACCAGCUCGCUUUCCUGAAGAGCAUGGCAGGCACAGUGAUGCGGCACUUGGAAAGGACCAGGGCAGCGGAAGACCAUCGCCGGGCCAAGAUUAUGGUCAAGAGUCUGGGAUCUUUUGCUGAAGGGAAGAGCGGCUUGGAGAACUGGACCGUCGAUCCCUGGGAUCAGGAGACAGGGCAGUCGUCAGGUCUGCCAGAUGCGAUCAUACCCCAGCGCCAGCGUCCUUCUGCCAAUUCCGACGCUGCGCAAGAUCCAGUUGUGCUUAAUGGAAAUAUAGAUCCGGCUAUGAGAAUCCCGAAGGACACUCCACCUGCGACCGGUGCGCCGCCGAGCCUAGUCAACGGAGAGACAGUCGAUACUAUGCGUCCGGAGAUGACUACUACGACGUCGUCCACUUCCACGAAAGGCUUCAUCAAGACCGAUCAAAAGGAUAGAGUGGCCCCAGAACUGAGGGCUCACUUCACACGGGCAGCGAACAUGAUCGUAGACUCAACCGAGGCAGAAGGCGUGGCAUUCUUUGACGCGAAAAUCAGCACCUUUGGAGGACUUGUUGACGACGACUUCGAUCCCGAUCAGCUACCUGAGCCGGACAAACCUUGCGAUAUAUUAGGGGCGGCGCUUUGCAGAACCGAUCGCGACACGAAGCCGCUACCCAACACCGGAGAAUGCAUCUCAGAAAGUGUUCUUAGACACCUCCUGCGACUCUAUCCACAUGGCCAGAUUUUCCAUCUCGACGACGAUCCUGCAACUCCUUCGGUCGCCUCGCCAUCGACAGCUGGUGUGGACGAAGUCGAGUCAGCCGAUGGCUUUCCGUUCAGUACACCGCGCAAAACAGAAUCUACCAGAAGCUUGGACGACGAAGCUUACUUGAGGAGGGUGUUUCCUACCGCUCGGAGUUUGAUACUCUAUCCACUGUGGGACCCGCAUCGCGAACGCUGGUUUGCCACGGCUGUCAUCUGGAGUUCGGAACCGAAGAGAAUAUUCACGACCGAACAGGAGCUCAGCUACCUGGCAGCGUUCAGCAACUUUGUCAUGGCUGAGGUCGCUCGUCUAGACACAAAACUAGCUGAUGCUGCAAAGGCCGAUUUCAUCUCGUCGAUCAGCCAUGAGCUGCGGUCACCACUGCACGGCAUUCUGGGAAUGACAGAUCUGUUGAAGGAUUCCCCUCUAGAUGGCCAGCAGGUAUCACAUGUGGCAACAAUCGAGACAUGUGGAAAGACUCUACUGGAAACUAUCAAUCACGUUCUUGACUUUGCCAAAAUCAACAAUCUGACCCGAGGAGUUUCGAAGCGCCAGAAGAAACGAACACAGAGCGCGAAGCAUAUGAUCAGUCCGGGCCAAGCUCAUACCAAUGAUAUCAUGACACUAAUCAACGACGUCGACAUGAGCAUUUUGACAGAAGAUGUGGUCGAGAGUGUCUUCGCAGGCUACACCUACGCGAAGACGUCUGCUCAAACAUACGAGUUAACCGCCUCUAAAGUAAACAAGCCGCCGAUAUCUAUCAUUCUCGAUAUCAACCAGAGCGACAACUACGUCUUUCGCACGCAGCCUGGCGCAUGGCGGCGAGUCAUCAUGAACCUGUUCGGCAACAGCCUGAAGUAUACACCGGGUGGGUACAUCAAGGUGAAGCUUGAGGUUAAGCGAAAGCCUGAAGACGAGGACGAGACCUGCGAGUUUCGAUUCUCGGUGACCGACUCUGGUAUUGGAAUGUCAGAGGACUAUAUCAAUAAUAGGCUCUUCCACUCCUUUGCGCAGGAGAAUCCUUUGAGUCAGGGCACAGGUCUAGGUCUGUCAAUCGUCAAACAGAUUGUGGAAUCUCUGGGAGGCGAGGUAGAAGUGCGUAGUGAGAAAGACCGCGGCACCAAGUUUACAGUCACAUGUCCAUUGAAAGAGUCACGAAUGUCUCCCAACUUCUGUGCAACCGGUCCAGAAGGAGAGAAAGAUCUGCAGCUACAACAGGUCACUAAGCGCACCAAGGGUCUGAAAGUGAGGUUUGACGGUUUCAAUGAGGAAGAGGAGUACCAUGUUAGAGACUUGAAGAACAAGACAGCCUCGAAGCUAUCAUUGAAGGCGCUCGACAGCCUUUGUGCUGAGUGGUUCGGUAUCGAACGAUGCGAGGAGGGCGACAAUGCGGCCGAACCAGACCUGAUCAUCGCCACCGAAACCUGCGCCAAAGCGUUACGGACUACAUACAGCCAGUCUCCCGGUCGAGUGUCUCCCACCCCCGUGAUAGUUGUGUGCCAGGGCGCCGCAGCAGCACAAUCUACAACAGCCAUCACAGUGCCGGGGAUCAUCUUCGAAUGUAUCGGCCAGCCCGUCGGGCCCCACAAGAUGUCGAAGGCCCUAGCCUCGUGUCUCGAUCGACACGCAAGACGCGCCGAGACACAGAAAAUGGACAUGAAGUCGAUGAUCCCACGGAUAACAGAGCUCAGUCUAAAGGAGGAAGCAACUCCCCGUCGCACCGACCACCUGCAUGUCGUAGAGCCAUCUCGACCGCAGCUCACCAGCAUUAGUAGUGCCCCCGAGAUACGCUCAAUCAACAACAGCCCACCCCGAACAUCCAAAUACCUAAAACCUUCGCGCGCACUGCGCUGUCUCUGCGUAGACGACAACCCCAUCAACCUCCGCCUCCUGCGUACCUUCGUCGACAAGCUCGGCCACCAACACGUGCUCGCCGCCGACGGCCUCGAAGCACUAGAAGCCUACAAAGCCGCCAGCGACGAAGACUCGCGCAUCGACGUCGUCCUCAUGGACAUCAACAUGCCCAUCAUGGACGGCCUCGAAGCCACCCGCCAAAUCCGCGCCCACGAGAUCCGUUCCAACCUCCCCAAAGUCACCAUCAUCGCCCUCACCGGCGUCGCCGACACCGACAUCCAACAAGAAGCCAACUCCAGCGGCAUCAACCUCUUCCUCAUCAAGCCCGUCCGUCUCGCUGAUCUCGAAGUCAUCCUCAAAGGCGUGGUUACCGGCCAAGACAAAGCGAACCUAGAGCUUGAAGCAGAGAAAGAGCGGAUUAAACAGGCGGAAGCAGAUGCUAUCCUCAAAGUGGAAAGCGUGGAUGAGAAAACACGCAGUAUCAACGUGGGUGUGGCUGUCGUCAAGGGCGAGGACGAUAUACAGAAGGCGGUUAAAGUGUUCGAGCACAAGAAGAGUGCGUCGGUGAUAUGA